AUGGCGGACGCGUCGUCUGUGGCGCAGCUGCGCGAAGAGCUAGCGUUCCAUGGUCUCGGCGGUGAUUCGUUCCCGGCCGAUGAUCUGCUUCAAGUCAUGCUCGACGUCGAGGGUGGCGACGUGCGCGCCGCCGCGCGCUCGAUCCUCGAUGCUCAGGCGGCUGAACGACGGGUUGAACGCGCGAAUCCGACCGCAUCACCAGCGUUACCUGCACCCACGCACUCAUGGGUGACUUGGUGCGCGCGUGCUGUGCUGUGGCCUUUCUCUUUCCUUGGUGCGGCGCUUCUGUGGUGCUUCCGGCUCGUCCAGCGAAUUUCGCCACAACGUCCAGGCACCGACACUCGUGGUUUGACGCGAUAUGCGCAAGACCCCAAGGCCUGCGCACUACGGUGGAUUCAUGAGCUUGAGCUUGAAACGAAUGGCUCCGUGCUUCCUGAUGCGGCUUCCUUUCAGCGCGUGCCACUGCCUCCAUUCGUUACCAUGUCGUAUUCGGAAGCCCUGCGGCAGUCUAAGAAUGAUAUCCGAAUUCUCAUGAUCGUUCUUACGAGUCGUGUUCAUAAUGAGCACGAUUUUUUCUGUAAGCAUGUCUUGACAGAUCCACAUCUCGUCCGCAUGCUGCACUCGCCUGAUCUCCUUGUGUGGGGCGGUGAUAUUUCCGAUCGCGAGGCAUAUCGUGUGAGUGCGCUACUCGAGGCGACGACCUUUCCUUUCGUGGCCUUUAUUGCUCUUCAGUCACGUCGCUCAAGAUCUCGUGGCCGCAUUGUGCCACAUCCUACGGUCCUAUCGCGCCUGGAGGGCUCGCCGCAGACAAUCCUGUCGGCUUCUUCGAUCUGUGCGCACAUCAGCGAUGUGUUGCUUCCACGUACAAGCGCAUACCUCCAUGAGCUUCGAAGCGAACGGCGUCUCCGUGAGAUGGAUCGAGAGCUGCGUGAGGAACAAAAUCUUGCUUUCGAACAUGCGUGCCUACGUGAUCAGGAGCGUGUGAUCCGGAAACGGGCGGAAAAUGAGCGCAAGAUUGAGAAUGAAAGCCAACGUGCAUUGGAGGAGCAUAAGCAUGCACUUUUGGAGGCACAAAAGGCGCAAUGGCGGGCAUGGGCACGCGCUUACCUCGUGCCCCGAGAGCCUGAUCUGAGCGUGACCCCUGUUAUUCGUGUCAAUGUCAAGAUGCCUGAUGGUCGCAACCUUCAGCGCAGAUUCUUUCCCUCUGACUCCUUGGAGCAGCUCUAUGCGUACGUUGAUACACUGGAUGUACACAACGAUGACGCACCUGUAUCUAUGCCCCGCGAUUACGCACACUCAUACGACUUUUAUCUCGUGCAAACGUAUCCACGCCGUGUGCUGUCGCCAGAGAACAUGGCAAUUCUCUUGCAAGACGUCGAUGGCCUAGGGCCUAGUGCGAACCUUAUUGUCGAGUCGUCGACGGCGCACAACCUGGAUGAAGAUGAUGAAGAUGACGACGACAAUGACGAUUAA